CUACACCGAUGCUAGGGUUCUAACGUUCAUGUGUUGGGCUCUCGACGAACAAUGCCGAGCGUCCCGUCCAUUGCUGAGGAGACCGUCUGCGAGAUCAAUCGCGAUUUCCUCACUCGCGCCCAGCAGCAGCAGCCGCAGCAGCAGGGCGGCGAUGUUUCAUCCAAGGCGCAUGAGCAGUACAACAAGGUCCUCAACAGAGUCUUCCCCAAGCUGCUGUUCAAGGUUGGAACGAUCCCGAUCGCCGACGACAAUGGCAGCAAUGGGAUUGCUGCGCAGAUGGAUAUUUCGGCGCCAGGAGGAUCUCUCGAGGGGGAGGAAGAGGAUCUGGUUAGGGCGACUGCAGCAGCGGUGGAAGAAACCCUAGACGAGGCCCUUGGCGAGCCUCUGUCGGCGCUCCAGCGCCUCGGAUCUCUCUUCUACAGGGGCGAGAAGCGCGAUUCCAGCAGCGCCAGGCCGAAAUUUCUCCAGUCCAUGGCCUGGCACAAGCACAAGCUCCUCCUCGCAUUCGUCGCCAAUCCAGCGCACGUCCUAGUGGUGGAUUACGACGACGCCGACGCCAAGAAUCCCUUUCUUCUUGGCCAUGAAACCCAGCAGCGCGGCGUGGAAGCGAUCGAGUGGAGACCAAACUCGGGCUCGAUUCUGGCCGUUGGAUGCCGCGGUGGAGUUUGCCUGUGGACGGCAUCCGGUGCCACGCCACCUUUGAGGACCGGGGCUGUGGUGCCUCUCGUCUCAGCGGCUACGAAAUGGAGCCUGGUGGAUUUUCUGCGCUGGGGGAUCGAUAUGCCCGUCUCGGCUCUCUCGUGGAGCCCCUGUGGAAGGCUCUUGGCGUGUGGAUCGAGCGAGACGCCGACUUUCGCAGUGUGGGACGUCUCUCUCGGGGAGAGCACGCCUCUGCGACGAGGAAUGGCCGGCGUCCAGUUCAUGAAGUGGUCGCCGCUGGGGGACUACUUGCUCACGGCCAAAGUUGACGCGUCGUUUCAUCUCUGGGAGACCAUGACUUGGACGUCCGAGCCGUGGGCCUCGGCUGGUGGAGCUCUCGUGGGCGCGGCGUGGAGUCCCGAUGGCCGGAUGAUCAUGGGUGCUUUUGAUCAGAGCAGCACGCUCGGGACUUUACACUUUGCUGGGAAGCCUCCGUCGCUGGAGGUGCAUUUGCUGCCUUUGGGACUCUCGGAGAUAGAAGCGAUUUGUGGACCCGGAGGAAGCAUUGAGAGGAUGGCUUGGGAUGGAACAGGGGAAAGGUUGGCGGUGUCGUAUACAGGUGGUGAUGCUGUAUACUCUGGUUUGAUCGCCAUCUACGACACGAGGAGAACACCGAUCAUAUCAGCCUCGUUGCUGGGAUUUGUGAGAGGUCCAGGCGCUGGUGCGAAGCCUCUGGCUUUCGCGUUUCAUGAUAAGCUCCGGCAGGGAGCUUUACUGGGCGUUUGCUGGAGCACGGGCUUCAUCUGCGUCUAUCCUAUGCUCUUCAGGACGGGCAUGUAGAGUCGUAUAUCAUCGAGCGAAGAUAUGAAGGGAGUCCUCGUCAUUCUCGUCUCCGGUUUGCCGUGCCUGGUGCUUGUCUAACUGUUCCUGCAGAUUAGCAAUCGUGUCUACCAGCUUUGCAUACUCCUCAUGAGUAUGUUUUCUGGCCGUUUCCUUGAUUUUCUCCCAGAUAGCUUCGUCGUAAGGGACUUCUUUUGCAGCUAUCUCCGUUCGCAGCAGGGUCACGGCUCCCUGAAGAUCUUCCAGCUGCUGCUGUAAGGCCAUUUGUUCCCGUUGAGAUUGCUGAUUCUGUUUGUUUGCUUCUGCAGCCUCGGCUCGAGCCCUUCGCAGUAACUCGUUCUUCUCUGUCAACUUUAGCCUGGCAUCCUCGACUUGCUUCUUUAUGUCCUGGAAGUUGUCCUCUACCGCGUGUAGCUUGGACGUUACUGCCUCGCAUUCUUGUUGAAGCUUGGUCAGGCCUUCCUGGUGCUCCAUCACCAUGGAACCGUAGCUCUCGAUGUCGUCCUCUAAGUCUUUUUUUACUCUUUCAAUCUUUUCUAGUGCUUCUUUCA